AGCUGCAGCUUGUGUAUUUUGCCGUGCUUUGACUGGAGAAUUACGCUAAUUGCGAACACAAAAAAUAUGUCGAACGUGAUUGAUCCUAUAAAACUCUUAACGGAUAAAGGUGAACGCCAACCAGCGUUCAUGAACAGCAUCUUCAAUCCAGUAGUGUGUUCGGUACUUGGAUUUGGUUGUGCAAUAUUUUUGAACUUCGGUUUGAGAAAACCACCAUUCUCGGGAAUUCAGAAUCAUGUAGCCUUCGCGGCUGUAGGUGGCGGUUUGGGUCUAUACUUUGACAAUAAGAGGAACGAGCAUCUUGCCAAACGCGAUGCUGUACUGAGACAUUACAUUGAAUUGCACCCAGACGAUUUUCCAGUAAAAGAACGCAAGAAGUACGCUGACGUUUUGGAAGCAUGGGUACCUAUCAGAUAAAUAUGCCGAAUAAUGCCGGCGAUCCCAUUAUAGAUGAAUCAAAUUGAAAAUGUUUUAUUCUGCUUAGAAUAUAAUUGGUAAAAAUCACGUUAGUUAAUAAUUCGACUAUAGCAGAUGCAAUUUGAAUAAAAACUGGGUUUAAUAGCAAUAAACAAUUAA